AUGGCAAGUGAGGAAGAGAGUUUUCUUGUCUUAGUGCAUUGCUCUGGAAAAAUUAAAAGAAGAAAAAAAUAUGGUGUGAAGUUCACUAACAAAGAACCAUUGAGUGUAUUCAUCAGUUCAUCAAGCACUUUGUCAGAUGUAAAGAACAGCAUCUUGCAGAAGCUUGGGGUAUUUGGGAGCAAAUGGGUGAAGAAGCUAUUCUACAAGAUUCUCAUCGCAAUUGUCUCGACCGGUGUUAAGUAUAAUACGUUUGUGUUAGCGGCUGAUGAAGAUAUUAGGGUUCUGUUUCAUUGUGUUAGGAGUUUUCCGGAGGUCAAAAUACACGAGCUGUAUGCGAAGUUGGAGGUUGGUGUCGAUAGUUCUGGGGCAUCAGCUCCAGUCAUAGCUCGACUGCCGCGGGCGGUCGCAUCCCCUUCCUUCGCGGCUAAUUUAGAUCGAACGGAGGCAGUUGGUUCUGUACCGUUGGAGAAUCCUGGGGUCUGGCAGCAGGCAUUUGAGGUGGAUACCGGUGGUGGCAUGAUUCAUGAUGUUCAAGGCUUCGGGGAACCUGAUCGAGUAGAGAAUGCAAUGCGGGACGAUGACUCUGACCAUGAGCCUCACGGGCCUUCAAGUUCUGGAACACAGCAGUACCCUCCACACUUCUCCACUCUAAACUUGGAGGCUCUGGGUCAACAGGCGGACGGAGGUGCUACAAUUGGGGGUUCUUCUACAAAAUUUCAGAUUAGACAAUCAUUCCAGAAUAAAGAUGAAGCUGUUCUGAGUGUGAAGGACUAUAGCAUCCGUCGAGGUGUUGAGUACAAAGUCUUGGAAUCGGAUCAUCUGAAGUAUCAUGGAAAAUGCAAGGAGUUUGGCAAGGGUUGUAGUUGGUUGAUUCGCAUAUCGCUUUGUGCACGAAAGGGCACUUGGGAGGUUAGGAGGUACAAUGGUCCGCACACUUGCUUGGCCACCUCUAUUUCCAGUGAUCACCGUCAGCUUGAUUACCACGUUAUCUGUGUAAGGAUUUUUCCGUUGGUUAGGGCGGAUGCUGCGGUUAUGGUAAAGGUCUUGCAACAAGCAACAGAAGCCGAUUACGGGUUCAGGUCUAGUUACAGGAAGGUUUGGAUGGCAAAACAGAAGGCAGUAGCACAAAUAUACGGAGAUUGGAAAGAGUCGUAA